AUGAGAACCCAUACUGGAGAAAAACCGUUCUCCUGUGGAGCGUGUUCUAAGGAAUUCUCUCAUCUGGCAAGCCUGAAGAAACACUUAAGAGCCCAUACUGGUGAAAAACCACAUUCUUGUCGAUUCUGUUAUAAGAAAUUUUCUCUUCUAUCAAACCUGAAACAACACUUGCAGACCCAUACUGGCGAAAAGCCAUUCUCUUGUGAAUUGUGUUCUAAGGAAUUUUCUCAUCUGGCAACCCUGAGAAGGCACUUGAGACUCCAUAUUGGAGAGAAGCCAUUUUCCUGUGAAGUGUGUUCUAGGGAAUUUUCUCAACUUGCACACCUGAAAGUGCACUUGAGAACCCAUACUGGAGAAAAGCCAUUCUCCUGUGAAAUAUGUUCUGGGAAAUUUUCUCAACUAGCAAUCCUGAGAGAACACUUAAGAACCCAUACUGGAGAAAAGCCAUAUGCAUGUGAAAUGUGUUCUAAGCAAUUUUCUAAACUAGCAAACCUGAAAAGACACUUGAGACUCCAUACUGGAGAAAAGCCAUUCUCCUGUGAUGCGUGUUCUAAGGUUUUUUCUCUUCUGGCAAACCUGAGAAGACACUUGAGACUCCACACUGGAGAAAAGCCAUUCUCCUGUGAAUUGUGUUCUAAGGAAUUUUCUCUUCUGGCAAACCUGAGAGAACACUUAAGAACCCAUACUGGAGAAAAGCCAUAUGCAUGUGAAAUGUGUUCUAAGCAAUUUUCUAAACUAGCAAACCUGAAAAGACACUUGAGACUCCAUACUGGAGAAAAGCCAUUCUCCUGUGAAUUGUGUUCUAAGGAAAUUUCUCAUCUGGCAACCCUGAGAAGGCACUUGAGACUCCAUACUGGAGAGAAGCCAUUUUCCUGUGAACUACAAUCAGGAUUGAAUGUCGAUGAAGUACAACAAGUGUGA